CUUGCGGUCACUAGCUGACAGCAGCCAGCCCCAUCCCACACACUGGAGCUGGCCAAGUCCUUCCCACCUGGGCCCGGAGGAGGGACGCCAAGGCAGGCAUGCUAAGUUUGCUCUUGGGAAGCAGAUGGGGUCCCACAGCCUGAUCUGGAGACUAGCUGCCUUGCUGGUCGUGCUGGGAUGUGAAAGGAUGAGCGUUGGUGCCCUGAGUAAGAACCGGAGCUGCAUCUCCUAUGGAUCCAAUGCUGUGAUGGAGGGUUUGCAGCAUUUCCGGGGUUUAAUCUUGGAAGACGGCCAUAAUGGCACCAUUCAGUGCCCUCACAACCAGUGCUGUUUUGGCAUCUGGAACCUGACUCAAGGGCAUCUCGUGGCCAAAUUACAAGGUUGCUGGAUUAACGAAAAAGAACCCUGUGAUUCUCCAGCCUGUGAAUCUCAAUCUGUUGAGGAUGCCAAAGCUGUUACCUUGUCCUGUGUGUGCAAUUCUGAUUUGUGCAAUGCUAAUAUCAGCCACGUUGGGCCUGGAAAGAGGCAGGCUGAGUCCUUGCCCAGUUCCAGUGGGACAAGCUGGUUUCUCGCAUCCUGUGCUGUCCUGUUCUUCCUAGGCUGUCUGAUGUUUCUAGUUGUAAGGCUGUGGAAAGUCCCUGCAAUGGUCUUCAGACCAGAAGAAACUGAGGAGCUCACCGAGGUCACCACAGGCCCAGAGCCAAAAGCUGAGAGAAAACUGCCCAGGGAGGAGCUUCCAGAUCUCCAGUUUCUUCAGGUUCUCCAAAAUGGACAGUACUCCCAGCUGUGGCAAGGCACAUUCCACCAGCAGCCCGUGGCCAUCAAAGCCUUUUCGUGUUUCCAGCAAUUUGCAUCUGAGUGGGCUGUGCACAGCCUCCCGCUGAUGAGCCAUGACAAUGUGGUACAACUUGUGGCUGCUGGAUGUAGCGGUCCAAACAAGGAACAGGGGGGCCUCCUGGUGCUAACAUUAUACCCAUUGGGCUCCUUGCGGCAGUUCCUCACUCAGCAUGUUUGUUCUUGGGAUGUCACUCUCCAGCUAGGGUCAUCCCUUGCCAGAGGCCUUACUUUCUUACACACGGAGCUGUGGAAGGAAGGUCUGCAUAAACCUGGGGUGGCACACCGAGAUCUAAGCAGCCAGAAUGUGCUGGUGCGGGAGGACAGGACCUGUGUCAUCACUGAUUUCGGCCUUGCCAUGACUUUGCCUGCACGCCAUGAGCGGUGGAGGGAGGGUCCCACAGAAGGCAUCGUCCACAAGGCAGGGGCCCCACGUUACAUGGCUCCUGAAAUUCUGGACGAGAGCUUGAAUCUGCAAGACUUGGGCUCGGCGUUGAGGCAGGCUGAUGUUUACUCCCUGGCGCUGGUGCUGUGGGAAUCCCUGAUGAGAUGCUCUGCUCUCUUCCCAGAAAACAGGAUCCCUGAGUUCCAGCUGGCCUAUGAAGCAGAACUGGGCAGCAACCCUACACACAGUGAGCUGCGUAGGCUGGCUGUUGAAGAAAGGGGGCGGCCAGCCAUUCCAGCAUCUUGGAGGAGGAUUGGUCAGGCUGCUGUCUUUCUACAGGAGCUCCUAGAGGACUGCUGGGAUCCUGAACCGGAGGCUCGCCUGCAAGUUGAGUGUGCCCAGCAGAGGCUUCAGAGACUGGGUGCUGAGGGCCUGAUGAAAGAAUAGUGAGGAGGCUGAAGUAUCAUGCAUUACAGUCUGCUUACCUGGACACCAGCCCUUGCUUUGAAAAGUUCUUUUGCCUUUUGUUGAGAAUAAAAGGCCCUUAAGGAAAGUCCUGCCAAGCAUGGCUUCUCACCAUGACUCUGGACCUUAUCACAGUGGAAUAGAUGUUUCUUUCUCUUUUUUUAAAAAUAAACACUGUCCACUUAAUCAACUCUUUCAUCUUUCUUCACAAAAUCAACUUGAAUUGCACUUGUUAACCAGUUAUCCUCUUGCCUCAUAAUUAAGUGGUCUGCCAAGGCUCUCGGGAACUUUCAAGUGGUUCAUGGGGGUGAAAGGUUUGGGAGCCACUGGUGUCACCUUUCCUCAUAGGGGAAUUUCCAGCUUCACAACAGGACCAACCAGCACUGUGGGCCCAUCCACCCUGCAGUGGUGUCACUACCACGUAACAGUAUGGUGAGUGGGCAGGGAGCAGUAACAUCAGGGUGAUUUGAGCUUAAAGAUGGGACCAUUGGAUUGGUUGUGUUGGUGCGCCCAAACCACUCUGACUUCGCUGCUGGCCGGCCCCUUCACUGUCCCAAUGUGUGGCAGUGACAUAAGAAUAUAAGAACAUAAGAAGAGCCUGCUGGAUCAGGCCAGUGGCCCAUCUAGUCCAGCAUCCUGUUCUCACAGUGGCCAACCAGGUGCCUGGGGGAAGCCCGCAAGCAGGACCCGAGUGCAAGAACACUCUCCCCUCCUGAGGCUUCCAGCAACUGGUUUUCAGAAGCAUGCUGCCUCUGACUAGGGUGGCAGAGCACAGCCAUCACA